CAGAGUUUCAACGCGGUCCCGACAGAGGAUGGUGGUGCUGGUGCUGAAUGUGAGCGGCUCGAUGGUGGCUGCAAUUUGAAGACGAGCUGGAGGAGGUGGGGGGAGAAACACCCAUAUAGGUGUGUGCGUGUGCGUGCGUGUGUGUGUGAACGAGAAGGAAAAAAAGCUGAAUGCGCUGAGCGUGAGCCCGGGAGCGCAUUAUCUGGGCGCUCGGUGUGCCACGGAGACGCGACCGGGAGAAGAUGCGAAUCUCCUCAGCAGCCGAGACUAACUGGCGGGAUCCAUGUCCCUCCCAGUUGAGUGGCUGAAACCUAUUCGUAGGAUGAAAAUAGGUGGAUUUCACAGCGGCAGGGCAAAGUUUUUCCCACAGUAGUGGGAUUUCUUUAAUUCUUUUUUUCCCCCCACUGACGCUGUGAUGGAGCGCCACUUGGGAGAGAGAGGAUGAUGGACACUUUGGCACCUGCAGCUCUCGUCCAGAAAUCCCUCCGUCUCCACAACAAGGCGCGCUGCUGACCGAGCCCUCGGGACUGUGAUCGCUCAUUUAUUUUGAAGUAGCAGGAGAAAAAAAAAAGACUGAGACGAAAAGAGUGAGCUGGGGAUGUUGCGCGCAGCGAUUCCUCGGAGACCGACGUGCGCACUCAUCACAUUCCCGCCGAGGAGCGCACCUUAAAGAGAAGAGCUUCGUUCUUCUCUCAUUGCUCAUUGCCGCUGCUCUGAACUUGUUGAGCUGCUCUAUAGAAAGGACACAAACCCGGGGACGCGAGAAAUAUCGCCACGCGGGACGAGGACCAUGAUUGACAGCCAAGGAAGCUGAGGAGACCUGCCACUCAUUUUGUUAUCAGCGUGUCAGAGGGGCUUUCUCCCGCUCAUCUAGCCCCCUUCUUCCUCCUCGGGUCUUCUUAUCUUUGGGCCUGUGACCUCACAGUCUUCUGUCUCUCUGGAAACUUGAAGAAAUACUAAGUCAAGCCGUGCUCCCCCUCCCCCACCCCCUCCGAAGGGAGUUUGACAUGCCUCCUCACUCCAUUUGAGUCCCUGGAAGAAGAAGACUAUAAACCCUGGUUUGUACAUCUUAAGAAGGAGGCACGGCUCCAACGGAAGGAGCUGAGAGAGGAGCAGUCAUGAGGUUCCAGUUUGCACUGACCCUCCAGGCGAUAUGGACUGGCAUGUGCCACGCGGCCAUGCAGCACUACCCCGCGGCUUGGGGCCACUAUGACGUCUGCAAGUCCCAGGUGUACUCGGACGAAGGUUUAACCUGGGACUACAUGGCCUGCCAACCGGAAGCAGCCGACAUGACCCAGUUCCUGAAGGUUACCCUGGAUCCUCCCAACAUCACCUGUGGAGACCCUCCAGAGACAUACUGUGCCCUGGAGAAUCCUUACAUGUGUAAUAAUGAAUGUGACGCCAGCACUGAGGAACUCUCGCACCCUCCAGAGCUGAUGUUUGACACCGAGGGCCGUAACCCUACAACCUUCUGGCAGUCCACCACUUGGAAGAAAUACCCAAAGCCCCUUUUGGUCAACAUCACUUUAUCUUGGAACAAAACCAUUGAGCUGACUGACGACAUUGUCAUCACGUUUGAGUCAGGCCGGCCCGAGCAGAUGGUCCUGGAGAAGUCUCUAGAUUAUGGGCGAACCUGGCAACCCUACCAGUUUUAUGCCACCGACUGCCUCGAUGCCUUUACCAUGGAGCCCAAGACAGUGCAAGACCUGUCCCAGCAUACCCUGCUGGACAUCAUCUGCACAGAGGAUUACUCUCGAGGGUACGUGUGGAAGAAUGACAAAACUGUACGCUUCGAGAUAAAGGACCGCUUUGCUCUGUUUGCCGGGCCGAGGCUGCACAACAUGGCCUCACUUUAUGGGCAGCUGGACACAACGAAGAACUUGAGGGACUUCUUCACCAUCACCGAUCUGAGAAUUCGGCUGCUUCGGCCUGCCACUGGGGCGACGAUGGUGGAUGAGAGCAGCCUGUCUAGAUACUUCUAUGCCAUUUCUGACAUCAAAGUUCAGGGCAGGUGCAAGUGCAAUCUUCACGCCAACAGCUGCGUGUUUGACAAAGAGAAGUUGAGCUGCGAGUGCGAGCACAACACCACGGGGCCCGACUGCGGGCGCUGCAAGAGAAAUUACCAAGGGCGAGCGUGGAGUGCUGGCUCCUACCUGCCCAUUCCCAAGGGCACGGCUAAUAUCUGUGUUCCUAAUAACAUUGGUCCAGUCAUACGGCCGAAUGUCUCAUCUCUAGGUGUUGCUAACCGAAAAGAAGUAGCUCCUCAAGUUGCAUUGUCCACUGCCCCUUCUGUCCACGCUGCAAACAGCAAGCGAGACUGCGAAUGCUUCGGCCACUCCAACCGAUGUAGCUACAUCGAGGUGCUAAACACCGUCAUUUGCGUGAGCUGCAAGCACAACACUAGGGGCCAGCACUGCCAGCUGUGCAAGCUGGGCUACUACCGCAAUGCCUCAGCAGAACUGGACGAUGAAAAUGUGUGCAUAGAGUGUAAUUGUAAUCCUUCUGGCUCAGUCAGUGAUCGCUGUAAUGGCACAGGAUAUUGUAUAUGUAAGGAGGGCACUACGGGCCCCAAGUGUCAGGAGUGUCUGCCCGGCUAUUUGUGGGAAAAUGGCUGCAAAUCUCGGGUAUGCGACAACGAACUCCUGCGCUGCCAAAAUGGCGGGGAGUGUGUGAACAACCGAUGUAGCUGCCCCCCCUCCUACACGGGCCUGCUGUGCGAGAAGCCCCGCUGCGAGUCCGAGCUGGGGGGUUGCAAGGGGCCCGAUUCAGGCCAGGCGCCCCUGAAGCCUCCUUCGCUCUGCAGUUUGCUGACACUGCUGCUGCUGGGCGCGGCGCUACCCAGAGAAACCCCCUGCUGGUCCGCCAUGCUCUGAAAGGGACCUGUUCGCGAGUGGGAGCGACACUCAGUCCCGCCACCUCCACCUUAGCCAUCUCAGCCCUUUUCCCUUACAGAUAACCAACAACAGUUAAAAAAAAAUAAAAAUAUGAAAACACCAUUAGCUUUCCGGACUGUGACGCACAGAGCUUCUCUGCUGCCAGACGUGGUGCUGACAAUGAAGAGAAUGUUCCAGACUAAAGCAAAAACUUUUCAUUUAAUUUCAAAGAAUAUAUAAAAGUAAAGAGUAUACAUCUAAAAUAAAAAAAAAUAUUAUUAAAAGUAUGAGUAACUGAGCAUUUGCCUGAUAAAUCAAAAAAUGGUGAAUCCUGCCCCCCCCCCUCCCCCACACCCACUGCCCCCCAACCCCAUCUCACCCCCUCCCCUUCCUCAUUCUAAGCCAUACCAUACAUGAGAUCCUUCCACUUUGAGGAGGAAUAACUCAAGAUGACAGACUUGUUCACUUCCUUUCUUAUUGCCACGGCAACAACAGCUGCAGCCAAUCAGCUCUCGCACAAGCCUGAGGUGGCCUGACGAGCCCCUCACCACCACCACCACCCCCCCGCCUCGGGAGUUAAUGUUUGCUGGACUGAUGAUGACAAAAAAAAAAAAAAAAAACAUUAAAGAAAACCCCGUCCUUGCCGAGCAGCGUGGAAGAUCGUCCUCAGAGACGGAACUGUUACACUUCAAGACGACGACAAACAGGAAAAGGUGUGGGGGGGGGGGGAGUAACAUUCUGUCAGUGCAUUGUGGAUAGAAAGAAAUCUGCCCAGAUUGCCUCUUUGUGACGCAAAAAAA